GUUUUACAACACUACUCAAUGCUCAAAGGAAACGCAGCUGUCAGCAUCAUCGAAAUUCCGUAAAUAUAGAAAUAAAUUAUAACAUGGCUAAAAUGUUGUUGAAUUUCGGCAGCAAGCUGCUCAAGUCCACCAAAAACUGGACUUCUCAUAAGAGCAGCACAUGGACGAAUGCCCAGAACAGGCUAAGUGCGCGCCAAAAGUUGCUAGGUGUUGGCAUUGGCGUUCUGACGGGCGGCGCUGGAGUUUUGCUGUACGCUUUAGAAGCUAGUGUAGAGGCUUCUAGUGAUAUGGUACAUGCUCCGAGGCAGGCGUGGGGUCACCUUGGAUUGCUGUCGGCUUUAGACAAGAAAGGCGUUCGUCGAGGCUUUCAGGUGUACAAGGAGGUGUGCGCAUCGUGUCACUCGCUGCAGUAUAUGGCAUAUCGAAAUCUGGUGGGCGUCUGCAUGACUGAGGCGGAAGCCAAGGCUGAGGCGGAGAUGAUAACGGUGAGAGACGGUCCCGACGAGGAGGGUAACUACUACGAUCGUCCGGGCAAGUUGUCUGAUCAUUUUCCUAUGCCAUAUCCAAAUGAGGAAGCAGCUCGUUCGGCCAAUAAUGGCUCUUAUCCGCCUGAUCUAAGUUACAUUAUUGCUGCUCGCAAGGGUGGCGAGGACUACAUAUUUUCUCUAUUGACUGGCUACUGCGAUCCUCCGGCUGGUUUCCAACUGCGCGAAGGACUAUACUUUAAUCCAUAUUUUUCGGGCGGCGCUAUAGCAAUGGGUCAGCUAGUAAGCAAUGAGUCUGUCACUUACGAUGAUCCAGAUGUUCCAGCCUCAGCCAGUCAAAUAGCCAAGGAUGUGUGUACGUUUCUGAAAUGGACAUCGGAGCCAGAUGGUGAUGACCGCAAGUUGCUGCUAAUUAAAUCUGUAAUCAUAUCAUUUUUUUUGAUUGGCAUUACUUACUACAUUAAGCGCUUGAAGUGGUCUUGUCUGAAGACGCGAAAAAUAUACUUUAUGGAUGAUGUUAUUGCAAGUAACAAGGCUAAGGAAAAAUCAAAUGACAACGAAUGUCCUAAGGAAUAAAUAUCGUAGCAAAUGGCUAUUGUAAUAAAUAAAUAUAUUU